AUGUCGGAGUGGGAAACCAUUCCGUCCGAUCUGCCGGCCGGAGUGUUGCAGCUAGAGAACCAGGUGGCCGGACAUACCGCAGCCCAGGGUUGCCUUGGUCUGCUGAAAACCCCCAGCAAUGGAACGAUCCUCAAGCCAACCGGGAAAGUACUGUGUGGAGUACGCGAGAUAGCUUUCUACGAGCGUUUGGAAAAGGCACGGCAACGGAAACACGACCAUGCGAACGCUGUUGACCAGCUGUGGGCGUUGUUGUGUCAGGUGGUGCCAAAGUAUUUCGGCCAUCCGAUGCUGACCAUCGACGGGAAGGAGGUGGAAUUCAUCCAGCUGGAAGAUUUAACGCAAGGGCUAGAGUGGCCUUGCAUCAUGGACGUGAAGAUUGGACGCCGUACAUGGGAUCCGCUGGCAACGCCGGAGAAACGCAAGGCGGAGGAGAACAAAUACAAAGCCUGCCGACAGCGCUUUGGGCUGUGCAUUCCCGGAUUUCAGCUGUACUCGGUGCGCGACCGCGGACUGCUGAUACGACACGGAAAGGAUUACGGCAAGAAGCUUACCGAGGACAACAUUCGUGACGCAUUCCUGCUGUACUUAAAUGCAACCGAGGAUGGGCGAGUUUCGCGAAUGCUGCUGGAACAGUUUUUGCACGAUUUGCGUCUGAUUCGCGACUGGGCACACAAGCAAACCAUGUACCGGCUGUACUCAAGCUCGGUACUGCUCGUAUACGAUGCGGCCCGACUGGACGAGCCGGACCGCAGCACGGAACAACAGAGAGAAAGUCUGACCAACUCAAACAGCACGCGGAACAGUGUGCGGGCACGGAUGAUUGACUUUGCGCACGCAUUUCCGACCGAAUCGUCCGAGGCGGACACCGUGGAUGAAAAUUACCUACAGGGAGUAGACAGUUUAGUCGAUAUAUUUGAGCAGUUUCUUGCCACUGGCCAGGUAAACUAA